AUGCGCCACUGGCACGGCCCAGCUCUGGCGGUGGCAGUGGAGGCGAAGGUCAACGAGGACAACGUGAUCCACGCCCGCGAGCGUGAAGGACGCAGCGAGGACCCCGACAGCCCGCUCAGCGCGAUCGAGAAGCUCAGGCGCGUGCUCAGGCGGGCGAAGGGGACCUACAACUACCGGGACCUCGCCCUUGCCCCAGCACGAGCAGUUGCCGCGGAGGCUCCUGGAGAUCCUCAGCCGGCGACGCCUGGCGAGGAUGAGGGCGACGCGCCAGCAGCGGCCAGUGCUGGCGCGUCUGGCAGCGCUGCGCAGGAGCCCAGCAGAUUCAACAUCGAGGUGGACGACGAGAUGUUGCUGCUGGAGGAGUCCACCGAGACGGUCUGCAUGCUGGCCUUUACGAGGAAAGCCAUCACAAUCGUGGAGGGGAGGCUGACGCCUGAGAAGAAGGGCCAGUUCUACGAAGGGAAGCGGGAGGCCCUCGAGGUUUUCAAUCGCAACGACAGCUGGGAGCCCAUCAACGAGGCGAAUGUGGAUUCCGCAGCCUUCUGCCCUCUACGCUUCCUACUCAAGUGGAAGAUGAAGGACGGGCAGAAGGUGGCCAACGCGCGUGUACUCUACCAGGGGAUUGAGCACCGCGACGCGGCUGAGGGCCAGCUCGACAAGGAGGCGCCGACCCUCAGCAGACUUGACCGACACACGGUCAUGCUCUGGGCGUCUCUAAGGAAAGACAGGCUGUUCACCGUGGAUGUGAAGUCCGCUUUCCUGCAGUCUGACGACGCGAGCGUGCACGGCCUUAAGCUGCACGCGAGUCCGACGGAGGAGAUGAGAGAGAUGCUCUCACACCAGACCGGCAUGCAACCUGGACAGCUGCUCAAGAUGAUCAAGCCAGGCUUCGGUGACCCGCGGUCGCCCAAGCUCUGGCACCGCCGUUCCGACGAAGUCACGAAGGAGAUCGGGCUCAGGAACCACAAGCUCGAGGAUUGCCUGCUGUUGCAAGUUGGCAGCUACACCGACGCGAGCUGGGCGAGCCGACAUGGCGGCAGUUCGCAAGGAGGCUACGCUAUCUUCAUCGGACUCGCGGAAGAGCUCAACGCCGGCACGCCGACGCCUUUCGUGGCCUUGGAGUGGGCCUCGAAGAAGAUACAGCGUCUAUGCAGGAGCUCGCUGUCGGCGGAGGCAGCGGCAGCAGCUUUGGGCGCGGACUCAUUGACGUGGGUGAAGGUCUACCUGGCGUGGAGCUCGCGACCUGGCCUGGAACUCGAAAAAGCGAUGGUGUGCCUUGGAGAGACGCCCUUCAUCACGGACGCGAAGUGCCUCUACGACGCGUCGCGCUCAGCGACGGCAGGCGCCACCUGGAAGCGGGUGAACACGCCGCAGCAGAUGGCGGACGGGCUUACCAAGCUCUCGGCCCCCCAGCUGAUGGCAGACGUGCUACGCCGUGGAGAGCACGCGUUGCGCUACGACCCCGACUUCGUGGCUGGCACGAAGCUCUCCAAGAGGGCGAUGCAGCAGCGCGAGAAGGAGCUGAACGGCGCUGGCCAGGCACUGCACGACACCCUCGAGAUGACGCCUGUGACAAAGGCGAAUGAGAAAGCGAAGGCCAAGGGCAAGCGCCAUUUUGGCGCUAGUGGAGCGAAGCUGGCUGCGGCACUGGCAGCUAGCGAAGGUGGCAGCGCGGUAGGUCAGGUGGUACAGUACGCGCCCAGCGGCGUCGAGCUGUUCAACCCACCGACGCCAGCCGACUGGAAUGACCUGAUCAUGAAGAUGAUGGUUUUCUGCUUCGUGAUGGGACUUGUUGUGGCAUUAUACUGCGGGUUUCGUGCUGGAGUGUGGUGGACACGCUGGACCAAGCAGCUCGAGCAUGACACAAAAAUCGAGAAGACGCGAGAGCCCGAGACAGAACCAAUACCCGUCAAGGUCAAGACGACCGCGACUGGGACCGCCCCGAGGCCGACCAAGCAGAAGAAAGUACGCAGGGUGCUCGUCCAGUCGCAGUCUCGCGACAAUCUGGAUCUGAGCACGCCGAGGUUCCAGCAGCUGCCAGAAUACGCCCAUG